CCUCCCUUCUUCCCUCCGUUUCCAAACUGCAACGGCUCCACCCCUCUCACUGCCUCGGAACCGGCCAUCCCUUAGAAUAGCAAAUCAGAUAAUUCUUGGCCACUCGCCAGCUCCUCCUAGAUAUUUCAACCUCCCAUCUCUUCCCUUCUUUCCACGCUCCUUUUCCUCGCCAAUGCCCCCCUCGGUGGGCAUUCUAAGUUAGAUAAUUUUUGGCUACUCGCCACCUCCUCCUAGAUAUUUCAACCUCCCGUCUCCUCCCUUCUUUCAACGCUUCUUUUCCCUGCCAAUGGCGUCCUCGGUGGCCAGAAUGCCCACCGACGACUGGCGCGACCCCAACCGGGUCGCUGCCGGCGUCUUCGCCGCCCACGCCCACCACCCCUUCGGCAAGACCCGCAACAAAGUCCUCCUCCGCGACCGUGACCGCGUGGGCGUUACUUCCCCCCCGUCUUCCUCCUCCACCCCUAUGGCUGUUGGUGGCACGGACGCCGUAAUCCGGAGAAAGACCGAGCCGUCCUCCGGCGGCGGCGAGGACGCCGUCUUCCUGGCCACCCAGAACCGUCAGUCCCAGAUACUGAACCGGUGGGCGGCCCGCCAGGCCAGGGAGAUGAUCACCACCAUCGAACGCCAGGCCCACGAGGCCGAGAUCUCUGCCCUCACCACCACCACACAGCCAGUCUCUGCCCGCGCUGCCUCCUUCCUCCACGACUCCUCCCCCGCCCUCUCCGACGACUCCGCCGCCAGCGGCCCCGCCGCCGACGGCUGCGGCGCUGCCAGCGCCAACGAUUGCAGCAGCAUCGACCUCUCGCCGAACGUGCGGGCAUCGUCGCUGAUCCAGAUGUGGAAGGAGCUCGAGGUCGAAGCCGGCAUGGCCCCCAGCAACCGCACCACCAGCGCUGGCGGCAACUCGGGGUUCCCCGCCGCCGCCGCCUCCAUGGUCGAGGAACCCUCCGGCGGCUCCGACGUCUGCGAUGAUUUGGAGGCGUAUGGGGACUGGGACUCGGAUAUCGUCACGCCGACGGCGCAUUCGUCGAUGAGCGAGAGCGAGCGGGGCCGGGUCGGGAGCAUCGUGAAGAUGCUGAGCUCGGCGAACGCGACGCGGAGCUCGACGGCGACGUCAUGGAGCGAGGAGGUAGAGCCGUUGAGCCGGGAGAGUUCGGGUGUCUCUGAUCAUGGGGAGAGCCAGAGUCUCCGUACCACGCGGUCCUUCGGUGUGGGUCUCCGUCGCGUGAGAGGGCGGCGGGAGAUGGAGGAUUUGCUCGCAAAGCUAGAGAAGGAGCGGCGGAGGGAGCUCGCUGAAAUGGCCGAGCGUCAGCCCGUGUCCCGGUUCUCGUAUCGUGGCCGGCUUCAAUCAAUGCUGAGGCUAAGGGCCCUGCAACGAGAAGUGGCAGUCAAAAACCAACAACGGACUGUGACAGCAACUAUAGAAUUGGAUCGAUUGCAAACUGGGUCUACAAUCUCAUUCCUCAGGCAGAGAUUUAGCAACGGUGGGCAACAUGAUUGUAGUGGAGUGCCACAUUUGGAAAACUCAAGCCAUGCACAUAUUCAGUUCCCUACUGAUACUCGUGGUUCAGAUUAUUCCAAUUUUGCUGAUCAGCGUACUGGUGAUAGCAAUCAAUAUCAGGUAGUUGUCUUUCCAAGAGAUUCAGAAAGCUCACCAGCUGAACUCAAUUCACCUCAUUCUAGAAGCGAUGAUCUACAAGAAGGAAGCCAUACUCUGGACAGUUCUUGGGAUGACAGAAGUUUGUGGGUGAGCAAUCUUGAUUGGCAAAGGCCUCUGGAUUCUUCACCCUCACAUGAUUCACAAGGUGACAUCAUAACAGAGGAAGUGGAAUCUUAUACCCACCAAAAUGUCAACAGCGAUCCUUUGCAGAUAACUGGUUCUCCCAAUUCAUGGAGAGGAUGGGGAGUCAGCAGACGAGCAGGAUAUUGCGACUUGGUUCGAAAAUUUUCAGACAAUGAGGAAAUUCGUGAUCUUCUAGAGAGAAGGAGAGUUUCCACUUCACUUGCGAGUGACUUCUGUGAUAAAAUGAACCACCUGAUCUUGUCAUUCUUACAAAGACAAGGUCACCAAUCAUUUGAUGAUAAUUUUGCAGAAGAUUAUGAAGAACAAACUUUCUGGAGACAAAAUGAUGAGUUCCAAAAUGCUGAUCAAGUUGCAUCUGCAUCAUCAUCAUUGAUACCCGUACCCUAUCAGACACUAAACCAUCCAGAGAGUUGGCAGCACACUACAUUCAGACAUCAUUCAUCUCAGAACUUCCCAGAAUCAGGACCCAUACAUGACUUGAGGAGUGAUAUAGCAAAAAUCCACCAUGAAAUCAGUGAACUGCGGAAGUUGGUAGAGAGUUGCAUGGAGUGGCAGCAGGCAAAUUUGCAGCACUCUAUCAAACAAGUGGUUUCUGAUGCAGUUCGUCAAUCUGUUGGUCUGGGGAGUGCCACAAAAUUUUCAGGGCCAAAAACAGGAAGGAAAGACAGUUGCUGUGUCUGCUAUGAAAUGCAAGUUGACUCACUACUUUACAGGUGUGGGCAUAUGUGUACCUGUUUCAAGUGUGCCCAUGAGUUGCAAUGGAGCAGUGGGAAAUGUCCGAUCUGCAGGUCUCCAAUUGUGGAUGUUGUUCGGGCAUAUCCUAAUUUAUAAACUGGACCUUGAUGAUGGCACCUGGCUUUGUAGUCCAAUAUUCUGGUUUUGGCAUGGAUUUUGGAAGGCUCACUAACUUUCAUUAGCAAAAUUUGCAUAAUCCUCUUGACAAUAGCACCGGCCUGACUAUUGUGUCAACUUUUGCCUGCAAUUGAAUCUUUAACAUCAAAAGCUUUCUCACUUUCAAAUGUACCAUCUGUGAUUUUGUUAAUGAGGAUAUGGUUUCCUUUUCUUGUCUUCAUUGGCGUUAAUGAGGAUGAAAUACAUCCUCUCCUGUUUUUGAGGAAAUUCUGAAAAUAAAAUUUGACAUAGCUUUCCA